CUUCACAGCAAAAGGUUGGAAUGCAAUCUAUUGUACUAUCAAAUAAUUUAAAGACCGGAUUCUCUUAUCAAUGAAUGUGCGUGUUUCCUACAUUAAUGUUGAUCUAGAGGAAGAUCAAGUGUACAACAACUAUGUCCAAAAGAGGUGCAAUAUCUGAUCUUAACGACAGAAACUGGGACGAGGAGGAAGAGCCAGAAGAGGCUGGAGUAUUUCAACAAGCAUCCGACACAGUUUUACAACAAAGAACUUUUAAGAAAGCCAAAAGAAGAGUUGUGCCAGAAGAUAACGCUAUUGCAAAACCUGCUGCCUUUGGUGGAUUUUCUGGUUUCGGGCUGAAACCAGCACAAAGCAAGGCUGCUGAUUCAUUCUUUGGGUUCAAGCCAAAAGAUAGUGACGAACAACGGCCGCAGUCGACAGGUGGAGCUGCAUCUGUCAAUGGAAGCGAAGAGAAGAGUUACGCAAGCCAAAGAGAUUCUAAAGAUUCUUACCUAAACUUUUUAAAAUCUUUGAAUGAAAGUGUUUUAUCCUGGAUAAAGCAACACGUGGAAGACAAUCCUUAUAUUAUACUGACUCCCAUUUUCAAAGACUAUGAAACCUAUCUCAAAAAUGCCCAGUCAGAAGGCUGCACUAAUGUGACUGGAGCUAGAGACAUAAAAAGUAAUGACAAUGGAAGCAUCACUUUAAAAACAACAACUGCUAGUCAGGAGAAAGGGCUAACAUUUCCAUUACCCGUAACUGCCACAGAUUCUUCCACAACAAAAGCUCCCAGCAUUCCUAGCUUUUCCAGUAAUAUUACAACUUCAUUCAAGUUUGGUCAGAAAACAGAAACAAGUACAUCUGCUACACCAACAUUUUCCUUUGGCUCAACAAGCGCUCAAAAAACUGGAUUUUCCUUUGAUUUCAAGAAAACAUCACAAGAUUCAACUAAUACUGGAACUUCUCAAGAAGCUGAUACUAAAGAUGAUGAAGACUAUGUCCCACCCAAACCAGAAGUCAAAGAGAUAGUAGAGGAAGGAGCACUCUUUUCUAUAAGGUGUAAACUCUUCCAUCAAAAGGAAGGCCAGUGGGUGGACAGAGGUGUUGGAAAUCUACAUUUGAAACCUGUUCAAGAGGAGAAGACUCAGCUCUUGGUCAGAGCAGAUACAAACUUAGGCAAUAUCUUGCUGAAUAUAAUGAUGACCUCCACAAUGCCAUUCAAUAAGCAAGGCAAAAAUAAUGUUGUGUUCAUGUGUGUGCCCAACCCACCCAUCGAUACCAAGGGAGGCGACACAACACCGGUUCCAAUGCUGAUCAGAGUCAAAACUGAGGAGGACGCUGAGAAACUGCUGAAACAAAUCAAAGAAAGACAACAGCUGCUUUGAUGUAGCAUUUCUUCUAGGGCAUUUUUUGAAAUAGACAUAAGUGAAAAAGUUGACCAGGAACACUGAUUGACAGUAUAGAAAUUUAGUUAAAUUUAGGGUAGGACAUCAUGUGAGUUGGAACACAAAUAACAUUUUCAAGGUUGUAAAAAUAUUGUAAUGUAUGGUUAAAAUCUUAGGGUCAAACUUAAAGUUCUACUAUGCAACUGUGAGUAGUUACUCCCAAUUUUUUGUUGAUUGUAGUAAAAAAAUUUAAUGACUUCCUCAGGCAGUCAUAUCCAAGAUAUUUGCAUUAACUUAACUACUGGUACUAAUACUACAAUAAAUAUUUAUCAUUGUACAUUUAUAAUUGGUUUUUGUUCUGUCAUUGAUAAUACAUAAACAGGUUCUAAACUAAGAAAAUCUUAUGCUUGCACAUAAAUUGUUUCUUAGUGUUUACUUUGGAUGAGUUUUACUUUUGGUUGCGAUACAAACUUUUUUAUUUUAACAAGACUAUUAUUUUUCCUUUAUGAAGCCUGUUACUUUUAAUGUACUUUGAAAGAAAAUAGAUUUUUCCUACAAAUAUUUGAAACUUUGUGUAUCAAAUCUCAUUGACCACAUGAAAAUGUGCAUCCUCUAAUUAUUGCAAAAUCUGUCUAUAGAGAUCAAUUUACUGAUCACAAAUUAUUAUUUUUUUGUUAUUAUUACCAAUAUGAAUAAAUUUGUGAGUCUGUUAAUACAAAAAAACUGUUUUUUAAGAUUCUUGAAUCAUAAUCACAUUGGCAAUACUAAGAAUGUGCUUUGAAAUUUUGGAUAAUUCUGAUCUGUACACAUUUGUGAUGAUUCUCUGUUAAUAGUUUAAAGGGAAACUCCGAUGGUUUUGACAAUUUUUGAUAUAAUAUGUGUUUUGAUUUACAGAUAAUGAAUAUAUUCUUCUUUUUUUUUUAUUUGCAAUAAUAACUUAGUAAUUGAUGUUUUUCCGACGUAAUUUUCCUGCACAUCCAAAACAGUCAGACUUUCACCAGGUUUCUAUGUGACGUCACACAGGUGUUUUAAUCUUCUGACUUAUUGUAUAACAGGAGACCAUACAGCAAAGUUUACAUUCUCGUAAAAGAAAUAUAUCUUUGUCUAUGCAGUUAGAUCUAGGAUCUUGUAAGCAAAGAAAAAAUGCGUAUUAAAAGUAGAUUUACAUGCUUGACUAAUCACGGCAGUGUGUAUUUUCUCGCCAGACCACUCAACACACAACAAACACUAUCGCUUGGUUGUCUUGUCAUGACCGACUACACGUAGUCUCGACUAGCCAUACACUGACCAGCUUGUUCGAAUCAUUCAGACACACGAUCUAUUUACUUCUUGGGAUAGGGAGAGGCUUAGAUGAAAAUGUUACUUUUUUUUCUCGAGUUGGUUAUCCUAAUGCUUUUGGAUCUAUCUAUACAUGUUUAUAUAUAUAACUGUAUCAUAGCUCUGGACUAGGCCGUCACUAAGCCUAACAUCCUAACAGCUACUGUAAGAAUGAAGCGAUACGAUUGGUUAAAUCAAGUUUCUCUUUCAGUAUUGUUUAGGGAAGUGACGCAUGAAAUAACAUAAAACAAAAUCUCGCAGAACCCCGUUUUUUUUUGGGGGGGCGUGAAGAAUUUUCUAUCUAAUUUAUUAAAUAUAAAAUUUUCUGACCAUGUAAAUAAAAAAUAAUAUAAUGUUUACUAUUACAACUUUUUACGCAGAAUUUAAAUAAGUCAAUAACUAAAAUCUGAAAAACUAUCGGAGUUUCCCUUUAACAGUUUAGCAUGUCAUACGCUGGUUCUGUUGAUCAUUCUUUAAAAAAAAAACCUAUCAGUUGUCUUCUGUGUUUUCUGUUUUACCAACCAUUCCUCAUUUUAUAUUAAGCCUGAGAAAAAGUCCAGAAGGUUAAGUGCUCUCAACUAAGUUGAUGCUUACUUUUAAGACAGCCCAUGUUCUAGCUUGAGAGACAUUCAUAUAUGUAUAUGAUAAACCAGUCAUGGGACUGAACGGCAAACUCAGAAUGAAAAUCAAAGGGUCAUAGGAAGAAGUUGCAAGUUGAAAAAUAAAGGAAGAAACUUUGAAGAUAUAUAUAUAUAUAUAUAUAUAUAUAUAUAUAACACUCUGCAAAUAGGUAAAGAGGACUGAAAAUAGUCUCAAUAUGUCUGAUAAGCUAAGUGAGAUCCUCCUCCUAAACAAACAGCCUCCUACUAAAAUGAGUAGUUUUCUGGGUGUCUUUGGCCAUCUUGUGAUGUAAAUUAGAACAUUAUCAGUAAAAAUUAUAGUUACAUCUAGAAUCUCCUGGACAAUGUUGAUAUACCAGGUGUGCCAGUCUUAGGAUAUGUUUUUUGCUGUCAGGUUUUUAAUUGCACCCUAAAAACCUGCUUAUGCUUGUACUUUUAUAGGUAUGCCCAUUGCUUUAACAAUAGCUUCAUAAUCCUAUUGGUUACUUGUAAUCUCCAUCAAGCCAGCAUUAGAACAGUGGCUUUAUCAGCAUCAGUUUCGCAGUUGUUCACUUUUGCAGCCACCUCAAAUUGUCAUUAAUACAUCGACCAUGAAACUGUCCAAGUGAAGACUUCAGGCUUGACCUUUUCCAUGAAUGGUUUGAAGCUUUGUCCUUAUGCAUUGAACUGGACUCAGCUUAUCCUUAACUGACUGGAUCUCGUUGUUCAGAACCUGAAUCUUUUAUUUUGCGAAUGUCCUCCUAUGAUUUAAUUCAGUAGAUGACCUCUAAAUUCUUCAAUGUCUGAUUUUGUCAGUCACCAUUGUUCACAUUGAAGUUGCUCUUUUGAUUUCUGUAUCAUGCUUGUUACUUUCCCUCAACAUUUUUUUCCUUAAAUUCAUGACCUCUUAAGUGUCAGUUACAUCUGCCUUCUUUCAAGGCACCCCUUAGGACUUUUUAUUUCCUGAGGCAGCAAUCUCCUGCCAUUUAACUCUUUUCUGAUUUCAUGAAUUCUGAGAUAAUUUCUGUGUCUUGACUCCAAAGAAAUACAAUUCAGUAUUAUAAUUUAAGUAAUAUAAUAUAAAUAUCUGUGGCAUUUUAUGUCUCGGAAGUCAAUCUUUUCCCUUUGCAACUUCUUGUGUGACUAAAAAGGCCAGUCCUUGAUACACAGCUGAGGUCAGAGGUUGGGCAUCUGUAAUCACCAGGCGCUGUCGCAUUUUCACCCUUCUUUCUACUAGUUUUGUGUGUGGCAUCUGCAAUCCGGGACAAUUCCUUUAUGCUUGCUCUCCAUGUGGAUCUGAUGCCACUUUUUCCCAGCUGUUAGUGUCGAUUUUGAAGAGUUUCAUGUCGCGUUUGCAUACACCCGUAUACAGUAAAAGUGGACGACCAGCGGCUCUCCUGCCUUCUGUUAGAUCACCAAACAGAAUGUCUUGUCAUAUAAAUAUUUAUAAUACACAAAGUAUUAAAUGAUGCUUCUGUAGUUUGUCAGUAAGUUAACAAAUUAAUUUAGCAUAUGCAUAAAUUUAAUCCUGUUAUUGAAUAAGAUAAUUCACUUCAGAUUCCAAACUGCUAAAUUAGAAAGAAUAUUUAUUGCUGCAAGAUGGCAAUACAAUGAAGAUCCUAUUUUUGUACUAAACUGCUGUCAUGAAAUUAUUUCUAUUUGCUCUGCUCUACAUUUCUUGUUAAAGUAUGAAGUAGAAGGAAUGCAGUAAGCAAGGGUAAACAAGUGUUAUUGUAUAUGUCACUAUAUGAAGUUUACACAAAAUAGUUUUAAAUACCAGUGGAGAUGACUCUUAAUGAUUAAAAAAAAAGUUUGUUUUUUUUCUCAUGAAACUACAUGCUGGUGUUCUACUUUUGUACUUGAACAUAUGUUACAAUCUCAGAGCUUUAGGGUUAAUGAGAUCCAAUUUUUUGAUUGAACAUGAAGUAUGAAACAAUGAGGUCUAGAAAUCAUUUUUGCUAUGACCUGAAACACAUUGACAACUUAGAAGGUUGAAUGAUAGGCUAAUUUAUCAGUGGACCUUCAAGGUUGACUGUUCAAACUGUUACACUCAUGACAUGAAAGUGUAGAAUGAAUUGUUGGUGCAGUAAAUAUAAUUGAAAGAAUGAUGAUUAUCAAACCAUAGAUUAUAUAAAAUUCUAUGUGAUCUAUGAUUAAACAUUACUUUAAAGCUG